AUGGUCGGUGGAAGCGGACUGGGGCCGAGGACUCCAUCCAAUUCUUCGCUCCGUCGGACAUCCCAGUCCCCGUUGAGACAGCUGAGCGUCGAAGAGGAGCGCGGAAAUGGGGCCGGAGGAAAUGAAAAUAUGGUUGAAUAUGAAAGGAUAGCUUUGCAGGAUACCAGUGGAAGAGAGCAGUCGCCGCAGGAUGCGCCUGAUGUUGACACACGAAGACAUUCUCACCAUCGAGUGCGGUUCUCAACCGACGUUGACCGAGCUGAGCAGGCUGUGUCAGCUGCGAGUUCCACGGCGUCAGGUUCAGAUACCUUUCCGACGACAUCUACUCCGGCCGUGCCAAAGGCGUCUCCUUCGACUGGACGUAACCGAGGGUACUCGCUUCGUCGAUCUCUCUUUAACAGGAACCUGAUAUCCAAACCACCGAGCGAAUCCGACUUGGAACACAAUGAAGCCUCUGGAACGGGGCAGACGGAUGAACGGACACUCGGCGGUGACCUGUCUAAAGAGCACAUCGUGGAGAAGGAUGAAUAUUCUCUCCUACCACAUCCAACGGAGACAUUCAAGUCGGCAGUCACACUCAUAACCACGAAACCGACAAAGAACUUGCCCGUCACCCGGACCAUAAACAGCUGGCUUUUCCUUCUUCUUUCCUUAUUCAAAACACACGUUCUACGUAUAAAAGAGAUUCCACCAAGUGUUGACGGACGCCAUGUCGACCUCGAUGCUCAUAGCACUAAACCUCGGACGGACGACCGUACUGGGAAACACUAUAUCACAAAUACCAUUCGCUCAAGUCGAUAUAGUAUAUGGAGUUUCUUUCCCCGUCAACUUAUUGCGCAGUUCUCGAAACUUGCGAAUUUCUACUUCCUCUGCGUUGCCACCUUGCAAAUGAUACCUGGCCUGAGUACCACGGGCACCUUUACUACCUUUGUACCGCUGAUUAUUUUUGUGGGGAUCUCUAUUGGGAAAGAGGGAUACGAUGACUUCCGCAGAUAUAGGCUUGACAAGGAAGAGAAUAAUCGCAUAGCUUCCGUGUUGCGUCCGUCUCAAGGAAUGCAGGAUGAGUGUUACGAAUCCUUGCCAAAAGGGGCGAGUGAUGUGCAAUCGAAUACCGCGGAUAGCUCACAACGGCUGUGGACGGACGUCAAAUGGGUCAACAUACAGGUCGGAGAUAUUAUAAGGCUCGAACGUGACCAGGCCGUGCCUGCGGACAUUGUACUUCUACAUGCCGACGAGCCCAACGGAAUAGCAUAUAUCGAAACCAUGGCAUUGGAUGGCGAGACAAAUCUCAAGAGCAAGAAACCAUGUCCCAUUGUUGCUAGGGCAUUCAGGACCCUAGACGAUAUUGUCACCAACCGCUCUACACACUUUGUCCUUGAGGACCCAAACAUCGACCUUUACAAGUUUGAAGGGAACGUCAAGGUAGGAGACGAGACCGCGCCCCUGACGAACACUGAGGUCGUCUACCGUGGUAGUAUCCUCCGAAACACUCACGAAACUAUCGGGAUGGUAAUAUACACUGGAGAAGAAUGCAAGAUCCGCAUGAAUGCCACGAAGAACCCACGCAUCAAAGCCCCAGCUCUCCAAACAAUGGUCAACCGCGUCGUGGCUGUCAUCGUUGUAUUCGUCGUCGCUCUAGCUGGUGCAUGUACGAUCGCAUAUAAAUACUGGUCCCGUAGCACAGAGCGUACGUCAUGGUAUCUCGAACGAGCAAAUGUUUCUUACGGACCGAUAUUCACAUCCUUCUUAAUCAUGCUUAACACAAUGAUCCCCAUCUCACUUUAUGUGAGUUUGGAAAUUGUCAAGGUUGCACAGAUGUUUUUACUCAAUGAUGUCGACAUGUAUGACGAGGCAUCGAAUACGCCACUGGAGGCUAGGACGUCAACUAUCAAUGAAGAACUUGGGCAGAUUAGUUACGUAUUUUCCGAUAAAACCGGCACAUUAACCGACAACUCAAUGCGUUUUCGCAAAAUGAGUGUUGCUGGAACUGCUUGGCUGCACGACCCGGAUCUGGUUCAGGAGGCUGCCGACGAGGCAACCAAGAAAUCACUCCUCCGCAGACAGAGCAAGGGCAAGAAAAGUGCACGCAGGAAGUCAAUAGAGACCGGCAUGGGUCGACCAUCAGGAAUAUCCAGACCGUCCGGCGUCUCCCUGGCGACUACUAACCGUGACUCGGGGACGUGGAAACCCAGUAAAAAGGGCCGCUCGUACCAUGGCGGCAAGACGACAGAGAUGUUGCGCUACGUUAUGGAGAAACCACACACGCUGUUCGCGAAGAGAGUCCGGUUUUUUAUCAUUGCCAUGGCCCUGUGUCAUACCUGUUUGCCAGAACAAGGGCAGGACGGCGAGUAUUCAUUCCAGGCCGCGUCCCCAGAUGAGGUUGCUCUUGUCACUGCCGCAAAGGAGUUGGGAUUUCUAGUUUCUGACAGGCAGCCGAACAGUAUCACCCUUCGACGGUUAGAGGGUGACGACAACGGGAUCAUUGAAGAAACCUACGAAAUUCUAGAUAUCAUUGAAUUUACUAGCUCGCGGAAACGCAUGUCAGUUGUUGUGCGCCUGCCAGACGGAAGAAUCUGCGUGUUCACCAAGGGAGCGGAUUCGACUAUCACACGUCUGCUAAAACAGGCCUCUCUGGCAAGCGAAAAGGUGCAGGAAAUUGAGCGCCGUGCAAGUAAGCGCAAGGCAAUGGAGUCGAUGGAAAUCAUUCGUCGAAAUAGUGAACAUAUAUCUCGCGGCGGGAAGAGGAGUCUCAGCAUCCAUCGACCCAGCUUCGCAGCAGGCCGACGGUCAAGUGUUUCGGGCAAACAGGGCCCGUCCAUUCGUCAGAGUAUUGACAUGUGGCUACGUGACCGCGAGACGGACGGAGGCAUAGACAUUAGGCCUGAUGAAAAUGAGCAGCACAAUUACAGUCCGCGGCCGUCGAUGCAAAUUGGUGGCCAUAGGGGAAGCAUGCGGAUGUCAUUCCAGACCGACGACGGUGGCGCAGAUGAAGACCUAGUCGAUGAAUCUCUGGUUACCAAUGAGCCGUUGGUCUUUGAACGUUGUUUCCAGCACCUCAACGACUUUGCAACUGAAGGCCUACGUACCCUUCUAUACGCGUACAGGUUUGUCGGGGAGUCAGAGUAUGCUGAGUGGAAACAGCUCUACAAAGAAGCGACAGUUAGUUUGGUCAACCGACAAGAAAAGAUUGACGAUGCAGGCGAACAGCUUGAGACGGAGCUCGAAUUGAUCGGCGCCACAGCCAUAGAAGAUAAACUGCAAAAGGGGGUGCCGGAAACGAUUGAUAAAUUGCGACGAGCAAAUAUCAAGCUCUGGAUGCUGACGGGUGACAAGCGCGAGACUGCGAUUAACAUCGGACAUUCAUGCCGACUACUUAAAGAUUAUUCGGCAGUUAUUAUCCUGGAUCAUGAGACGGGAACGGUAGGACAGACUAUCGCCUCUACCAUAGAGGAUAUCAGAACUGGCAGCGUGGCACAUUCUGUCAUUGUGGUGGAUGGGCAGACGCUAUCUGUCAUCGAAGAUGAUGAAGCCUUGAGAGAGCGAUUCUUCGAGCUAGCCAUCCGCGCGGAUUCGGUCAUUUGUUGCCGCGCGAGUCCCAAGCAAAAGGCAUUCCUAGUCCGCUCGAUUCGCAAACGAGUCAACGGCGCAAUCACCCUCGCCAUAGGCGAUGGAGCGAACGACAUUGCCAUGAUACAGGAAGCACACGUUGGUAUCGGUAUCACUGGUAAAGAAGGUCUCCAAGCAGCCAGAAUAUCAGACUAUUCGAUCGCGCAAUUCCGAUUCCUACUCAAGCUGCUGCUGGUCCACGGGCGAUGGAACUAUGUGCGUGUGUGCAAGUAUACGUUGGGUACGUUCUGGAAGGAAACGCUCUUCUAUCUCACACAGGCGCUCUUCCAACGUUGGAACGGAUACACAGGCACCAGUUUGUACGAGCCCUGGAGUCUAAGCAUGUUCAACACACUCUUCACUUCAUUGCCGGUGAUAUUCCUAGGCACUUUCGAAAAAGACCUUGCAGCAAGUACACUUCUAGCCGUUCCUGAACUAUACACCAAAGGCCAGCGUAACGAAGGAUUCAACAUUCGCGUCUAUCUUGGCUGGGCGACGAUGGCAGCCUGCGAGUCAAUGAUGGCAUAUUUUGUCAUGCUGCGCCUAUUCGGCGACGCAAUAUUCACAGCAGACAACGGCAUCUUUGCAAUGGGCCUACUUACCUACUCUGUCUGCGUGAUCGUGAUCAACCUAAAGCUGCAGUUCCUCGAGAUCCACAAUCACACGGUCCUAACACUGAUUCCCCUCGUGCUAUCUAUCGGCGGCUGGUGGCUAUGGAACCUCAUCCUGUCUGAGCAGUACAAGUACUCCGAGAUCUAUAACGUGCGCAACAACUUUAUUCACGUGACUGGGAAGAAUGCACUUUGGUGGACGACGAUGGUGGUCAUCGUGGUCAUCGUGCUGCUGUUUGAAGUGACAAUUGCCACAGUGCGCGCAACGCUGUGGCCGACAGACGUGGAUCUGUUCCAGGAAUACGAGAAAGAUCAUGAGGUUAAGAGACGGUUUGAAGAGGCGGCUGCGUCGGAGUUGGCACAGGGGUGGGCAAGCAACAGCCCUGAAGAGAUGGAAGACGGGGUGGAGGAGGUGGAAGAGGAGAUGCAGGUCCAGGAGCUGAUUGAGCGGCGAACCAAGGAUGAGCAACAACCGCAACAACACCAGCAGGACGAGUACCGUGAGGAGGGAGCCGAGAUUGUGGUGGCCAAGGCUCGACGAUCGUUGGAUGUGCAUGAGCUGUUCUCAAAGGGCUUUGGGUCGAUCCGCCGUGGCCAGGACAUCAAAUGA